GGAGGAGAGGAAGAGCUGCCGGAAGUAGGCGGCGGAGGUGGUGCCCGAGCAGGCGGCAGCUGCCAGGGAAACCGAGGCGCUGGACUCUACCCGCGGACAGGCAGGCCGGGGGGUAGUCUCUGCGCCCGGCACUCAGGAAACCCGAGAGCCCCCCUUGCCUGGCGUGAGGGUCCCUGUCUGGUCCCGCAGCCCGGUCGGGACCCGAGCCUUUCCCUAAGCCCGCCAGGGGGCGCCGCUUUGGGGGGCUGCAGAGCGGGGGUCGGGCGCGGCUGAGGGGAGAAGGGGCGCCAGGCCGGGCCAGGGGAGAGGGCUCUCCCCCGCUCAGGAGGUGCCCCUGGGCGGGGACCGGGAGUCCUCACCUCCGGACUGAGGCAAGGGUUUCUGGGGGGCUCGGAGGGCGCGUCGCCCUCUGCCCCCGCCGGCACCCUGGCCAUGACGGGCAAAUCGGUGAAGGACGUGGAUCGGUAUCAGGCGGUUCUGGCCAACCUGCUGCUGGAGGAGGAUAACAAGUUUUGUGCGGACUGCCAGUCUAAAGGGCCGCGAUGGGCCUCCUGGAACAUUGGCGUGUUCAUCUGCAUCCGCUGUGCUGGAAUCCACAGGAACCUCGGGGUGCACAUAUCCAGGGUCAAGUCAGUUAACCUCGACCAGUGGACCCAAGAACAGAUCCAGUGCAUGCAAGAGAUGGGGAAUGGAAAGGCAAACCGCCUUUAUGAAGCCUACCUGCCUGAAACCUUUCGGCGACCUCAAAUAGACCCCGCUGUCGAGGGAUUUAUUCGAGAUAAAUAUGAAAAGAAGAAAUACAUGGACCGAAGUCUGGACAUCAAUGCCCUUAGGAAAGAAAAAGAUGACAAGUGGAAAAGAGGGAGCGAACCAGCUCCGGAGAAAAAAAUGGAACCUGUUGUUUUUGAGAAAGUGAAAAUGCCGCAGAAAAAAGAAGAUCCACAGCUACCUCGGAAAAGCUCCCCGAAAUCCACAGCACCGGUCAUGGAUUUGUUGGGCCUUGAUGCUCCUGUCUCCUGCUCCACUGCAAAUAAUAAGACCAGCAAUACCCUAGAGAAGGAUUUAGAUCUCUUGGCCUCUGUUCCCUCUCCCUCAUCUUCGGUUUCCAGAAAGGUUGUAGGUUCCAUGCCAACCGCAGGGAGUGCCGGCUCUGUUCCUGAAAACCUGAACCUGUUUCCGGAGCCAGGGAGCAAAUCAGAAGAAACAGGCAAGAAGCAGCUCUCUAAAGACUCCAUCCUCUCACUGUAUGGAUCCCAGACACCUCAGAUGCCUGCCCAAGCAGUGUUCAUGGCUCCCGCUCAGAUGGCAUACCCCACAGCCUACCCCAGCUUUCCUGGGGUUACCACUCCUAACAGCAUAAUGGGGGGCAUGAUGCCCCCACCGGUAGGCAUGGUAGCUCAGCCAGGAGCUUCUGGGAUGGUGGCCCCCAUGGCCAUGCCUGCAGGCUAUAUGGGUGGCAUGCAGGCAUCUAUGAUGGGUGUGCCAAAUGGAAUGAUGACCACACAGCAGGCCGGCUACAUGGCAGGCAUGGCAGCUCUGCCCCAGACGGUAUAUGGGGUUCAGCCCGUGCAGCAGCUGCAGUGGAACCUCACUCAGAUGACCCAGCAGAUGGCUGGGAUGAACUUCUGUGGCGCCAACGGCAUGCUGAGCUAUGGGCAGUCCAUGAACGGCGGGAACGGACAGGCGGCAAAUCAGACGCUGAGCCCUCAGAUGUGGAAAUAAAAACAACACACCUGUACGACGACCACUCUCCCCAGGCCCCUCUCCUGUCUUCCCUUGCUCCCCAACUCCUCCCCCGAAGCCCCUUUCCCUCCUCGCUCUGUUUGAUUUAGAAAUCGCUCAGUCCGUCAUCUGGCGCGGGGCGUUCUGCCAGCCCAGCCGCGUCCCAAACGCGCAGCCCUCUCUGUUGCUUUAUGUUGUCCAUGUCCCCCAGCCAUCCUGACUUCCUCCCAGCCUCAGCCCUGGUCCUCUCCUGGCACCAGCACCUUAGGAAUUGUUGGCAGAAGGCAUUUCGACUGCAGGAUAGAUAUGCACACUUCAAGUACCUUUCCCACAAGGUUAAGCCUCCUGUCAGACUCAGAAAGGUAUGUAGGUGCUGUGUUUUAGGCAAAGAGGCGGUUUACAGGUCCUUCUAAAUGUGCUGAGGAGCUGUUUCCAUGUGUUUCAAUUUGGGGGUAAAAGGGAGGCAUCGUGCUGCCCCGAUUUGUGGGGACGAGGAAAGGGCUGCCGUCAAAUUAAAUGCUCCUUGGGUCUUAGAUCAGGUUGGCCCUAGCCCUGGGGCGAGGCAAAAUUCCUCCUAAGAGGAUGAGCAAAACUAUGGCUCUGCUUUGCCCUGAAUUGCUCUCUGGGUCUGCUUCAGUCGGCUUCAGGACCUGCUGCUUCAGUCGGCCUUUGUUAGCACCAAAGACUCAAAGGUCCCACACACAACACACACCCGUCUCCCUGCCUCCAUCCCGCCUUUGGGAGGAUCUGGCUUUGUGGCUGAAGGACCGGCUCCUCCAGUGGGAAUGCAGAGCUUCACGUGUGUACUGCUUGUGUGUGUGUGUGUGGAUUCUGCCUCCACUCUCUCCCCAUCUGCUCUGGGUAUUUUUGUUUUUGUUUUUGCUUUAGCUUUAGGUUUACAACAGAGAGGAGUUAAUCUAUCCACAGCCUAAAACUGUUGCCAGUUUUACAAUCUCAUUGGUGGCUCCCUUUCUCCUUUCCCCUCUGCAGUCUGCCAAUCGCUCUUUCAUGCCUGUGUAUCCAGGCUGCUCUGUGUCCCCACCUGUUCCGCGAGUAUGAGGCAGAGCACCUGGGCAGCUUUCCUCUCAGUCACUGUUCAUCCUACUUGAAAAUUAAAACAAGAAAACUUUGCUUAAAAGACUUCAUCUAUGGGAACCACAACUCCUGGUUGCCUUUCUCCUGUGUAUGUGUAAAUUCCUUAAUAAAUAUUGCAGGGAAGGAA